AUGCUUUCCCCGCCAGACCUGGCCAGCGUGUCGGGUCACAUCCCCGAUGGCUACCAUAGUUUUGGAGCUCCAGGAGCGAAUUCACCAGGGGGUACGCAUUACCAGUCUUUCAUUCAGUACGAGAACGGGGUUCCUGUGCGCUGCAUCAAACGCAGAGUCACCGCAAACAAGAAAGAAAGAAGAAGGACGCUUAGUAUCAACAAUGCUUUCGCCCAACUCCGAGGCUGCAUUCCCAACGUGCCGUCGGACACCAAACUGUCCAAGAUCAAAACACUAAGACUCGCCACAAGUUAUAUUUCCUAUCUGAUGGACAUCUUAGCCAAAGAUGACCCCGAACUUUCAAGGACGGGUUUCAAGGCGGAGCUUACAAAGAAGGUCACUUCCGGGCAGCCGGCAGGUUCUGUUGUUGCUGCUGCUGUUGCUGCUGCUGCUACUGCAAACGUCAACCCUGCAGCGGCAGUGAUCAAUAACAGCAUGGGCAAGAUGGAUGGAAGUAUUACUAACGCCAUCUCCCAAGCCAGAACGAUUCUGGAAAGGACGGAAGACAAAAGAAAAAGGGAAUCG